CACACUCCGCUGGUAUCCCCCCCUUCUAGUCAUGCCAUGGAUAUUUUGUGGCAAUACCAGUUCAGAAUCAUUUUACUCGGGGAUUCGACAGUGGGGAAGUCGUCGCUGCUGAAGCGCUUCACGGACGGUAUUUACAGCGAUGUGGCGGAUCCGACGGUCGGGGUUGAUUUUUAUGCCCGCUCGCUUGAAAUCGACAGCGGGGUGAAAAUAAAGCUCCAGCUCUGGGACACGGCCGGUCAGGAACGAUUCAGGUCCAUCACAACAUCAUAUUACCGUAACUCAGUGGGCGGCCUACUAGUUUUUGAUCUCACCAAUCGUAAAACCUUUGACCAUGUGAGGGAGUGGCACAAGGAGGUGAGUGAGCACAUCCUGCCUCACCACAUGGUCUACAUCCUCAUCGGCCACAAGAGCGACCUGAACAAGGACCGCAAGGUGUCCCGAGAUGAAGCAGAGCAGCUGGCGGCAGAGCUGGGCAUCCGCUACGUGGAGACAUCGGCCAAGUGCAACAGCAACGUAGACCGGGCCUUUGAGCUGCUGACCAGAGACAUCUACGAGCUGAUGAAGAUGGGGGAGAUCGUCACCCGCGACGGCUGGGAUGGCGUGAAGAGCGGUCUCACUGCCAAGGUCCUCUACCCGGCCCAGAACGAAGAGGAACUACCUACCACGACCACUGAAAAAGGCUGCCACUGCUGACUGAGAACUCUCUGUGUCCAAACACCGUCCUGUCACACCAAGAGCUUUCCUCGUCUCACAGCCGUCACUCAGGCUCAGCACCCUGUGGUAUCAUCAUCCAUCUCUUCUUCACCUUGUGGUUUGUGCCCUCUCUGUGUGUGGGACAACUGGGAUUCGUUUCAAACAGGGGGCUAGUGAACAUCCUGAUGUGUAUCUUAUAAACAAGUUGUAUCUCUAAAACAUAUAUGCUGUAGCAUGAGCUGAGCUUUUUUUGGCCUUGUUUGGUUAAAAAAAAACACAGAAAGCGUGCAGAGGUGAUCAGGUCUCGGGACUAUGAGUGUAGCUAAUACUCCUUUUCAUAGCACUGGAGAUAAUGUACUGAGGAUACUGAAGGUACAGAUAAAUCCAUGGACUAUGGCAUACUGUGGUCUGGCAUCACUCCCAUUUCAUAUGAUACUGUAGUGGGUUUCCACCUGUCAAAGUUUGUGCAAUGCUUUGCCUGCAAUCCUAUGUGACUGUAAUAUUGUAAAUAAUAGUAAACUCUAUAGAGAUGAAAGCUUAUAGGUCACUAAAAGCUAUUUACUUGAUAGUGUGAACAAACACAGUGCACUCUCCAAUAAGUGUCACCAUUUGAAAUCAGUGUGCUCCUUCUGCUACUGUAAGCUGUAUGUGCACUUACGCCAAACUGACUUAAAUCUUUGAUCAUUCUGUGAACACAUGAGUGAAGUUUUUGUAAAAAAAAAAGAAAAUAGAGAUUAUGUCAAGUUAAGGUGUAUACAUAAAGAUAGGCCAUUGUAAUUAGAGUAGGUGGUUCUGUUUAGGUAUUUGUUUUAUAUAAAGCAUCAACAGGAGCAAGACUUCAAGUAUGUCAGAGAGUCAUCUCUCAGUCAUCAGACCUUUAAUUAUGUUGUUAGCAGUAGUAAAUAUGUGUUUAAUUAGGAACAAAAGUGAGUUUCAGUUUCACAUACAGUUGUUAAAGCAAACAAUUACAAUUUUUAUUCAAAGCUCAAUCCACAAAAACAAUAUUACAUUCAGGCCUGAGGUGGUGAUGAAUGCCAACUUAUUAAGUCAACUAGCAUAGAAGGAUGUGUUGCUUACUCUGUGUUGUGCUCCAGAGGUGUCAGAAAGUAGGAAAUGUGGGUUCAAGACUGGAAGAAAGUCUGGGCAAGAUUUGCAGAACCUUAGGAUGCCACAUUAACAUGGCACUGCAAAAACUAAUUGGAAUUCAUUUCAAAAUAUCUGGGAGCUCAGCAGUCUAGUAAACCAUGUGAAACCACAGCACCCCGAUUGGGUUUUGGCAAGGGACCUUUGUCACAUGUUGUUGCCCCUUUCACCCUGCUUGGCAGGGCCUUAAAGGAAUAGUUCAGCAUUUGGGGAAAUAAGCUUUUUAACUUUUUUUUCUGAAAGUUAGGUUAUAAAAUUGAUGUUUGUCUCAUGUUUGCAUGUUAAGUAGGGAACUAGAGCCGGAAGGCAAUUAGCGUAGCUUCACAUAAAGUAGGGGUAAACAGCUAGCAUGGCUAUCUGCAGCCAGAAGAAGAGCCAGCCUCAGUAACUAUCUGGUGUCUUGUCAGUGACGCCUGAGUGAGAUGGUGGUAAAAUUGUGCCUUUAAAGACAUUAAAGCCUGUGCUCACAGAUUAUAUCUGACAUCCUGUGCUAAUCAGAUGCUUGAUGGAAGUGACUAAACUGUUGUUUGCUAAGAAAUACUUACAUCACAUAACUAUGCCUAAAAAAAAAAAACAAAUUCAGUUGUAUAAUUCAAUUUGAGUACAAAUUAAAGAAAUGAGAUACAGCUGUGAUCUUUAGUAAGGUGUUUGUAAAUGCUUUUCAUUUCCCUUUGUACUGAGCCAGGCUAGCUGUUUCCCCUUACAUACUGUCAGCUAGGCUAAUCUCCUAGCUUUGCUCUGUGCUUGGUGUACAGACAUAAGACUGGUUUCCAUCUCAUCAGCUAAACCUCAGAAUGAAAGCUGAUGAGUGUAUUUCCCAAAACGUAGAGCUAUUUUUUUAAGAUAUCAAAGUGCUUCUUCUCAAGUGCUGUCUAAGUGAUGGAAGUGAUUACAGUACAUCAGCUGAUGUUCAAGGAUAGGGUGAUUUUCAUUCACCUAAAUACAAAUCUCAAGUUUAAAGCUGCUGUUUAAGUUGCUGAAAGCCUUUUGUUUAGGUAAUGUGGACAUACCAUUGACAAAACCUUAGUU